AUGUACCAUCUCCUCAGAGGCCUCCACGACUACCUCACCCGCAAAGACGAGUACUCGGUCGUCAUCAUCGGCCUCGACAAUGCAGGCAAAACAACCAUGCUGGAGAAGAUAAAGACAAUGUACAAUCCCACUCCGGGUAUGGCGCCUGACAAGAUUGGACCGACCGUCGGCCAGAAUAUCGGAAAGAUAUCUCUGCCAUCUACGACCUUGCACUUCUAUGAUCUGGGAGGACAAAGAGAUAUCCGAUCCAUAUGGGAAAAGUACUACGACGAGUGUCAUGCGGUGGUCUUCGUACUGGACGCGACAGACCAAGCUCGUCUGUCAGAAACAUGGGAAGUAUUUGAUGAGGUCCUCAAUUCUCCCAGACUGCUCAAUCUCCCCCUGCUUCUCUUGGCCAACAAGCAAGAUAGCCCCACCUCCCUCUCAGUAGCCGAGAUUCGCGAAGCUUUUGACGCCUGGCAAAGAUCGCGGUCGCACCGGAAUGGAGAUGAUGAGAAUCAAAUAUCGUCAAAGGACAAAGGCAAAGGCAAAUCAAUCAAUCAAGGGGAAGAAGCGGAUGAGAGGAUGGCGAGUCUGGAUGUCAUGGGGGCUUCUGCCUUGGAAGGCACGGGGAUAAGAGAAGCAGUCAACUGGCUGUACAUCCGGGUACAGAAUGCGCGAAAGAUGUGA